AGGCCUGUAUCUGUGUUCUGAGACGGAUCGCUCGCCUCACACGACUGAAUAGAAGGAAGUGACUUUUCCUUCCCCUGAACCAGAGCUUCCUCCUGAGCGCUCGAACUCUCAUUCCAGCUCAGAGACACUCACAAAGCAGAAGCAUGGGAACGCUGCUUCUCAUCCUCAUAACCCUGGAGCGCUUUUCUGCACUGAGUGGUUUUCUGGUGGCACACGCUGGCACAGGCUUGUGUCUGAGCACACACGGGAGUGUGGUGGUCCUGAGGAAGUGUGACGAGACCAGCCCGUCUCAGCAGUGGGUCUGGACCAGCGGCAGCAGACUCGAACACACGCUCGUGUCCAGAUGUCUGUGGGCCGAUCAGAGCAGUGGCAUCCCACUUCACGCUCGCCUGGUCAAGCUCAGCGCCUGCCACACUGCCCCGGCCUGGACCUGCUACGACCAGCGGGGGGUCUUUGGACUGGCAGAGACACCCAUGUUCCUGAAGAAGCAGGGCGAGCGGGUCGUUGUCCGCUUUGGGCAGAGGUACUCUAACUGGUCCAUGAUAACAGUGGACUCUGAGGGGAGACAGGUGUCCACCUCUCUGUGUCCAUCCACAGGCCCAUCCACAGUUUCAACCAUGCACUCCACAGGGGAACUGACCACUCUGACAGUCCCUGUCAUUACUCAGAGCAGAGCGGUGACCCACCACAGUAACACAGUCAGAAGCAGAACCAAACGCACCGCUACCACCGCUCUAGGUGAUCCGAGGACAUUCACUGCCAAAACAGACUUUCAGGAGAACGAGACUCAAACACCCGAGACAGAUCCAUCCUACGAGAUGAGUGAUGCUACAGAUGUGUCCUCCACCGCUCUGAUGGUCACCCGAACUCCUGGUGCACCUCAGAACUUCACCCAGAAUAGAGCUGACGUGACAGAGACCACCUCAGAUGUUAUGGAGCAGACCUACAACCCUCUCACUUCUCAGACAGAGUUAAGUAUCUCCACGACAGACGCAGAGCCUUCGGGUUCUUCUGACUUUCAUACAGGACGGCCUGAAGAUCACAGCACUGAUGCAGAUCCUACACUGACCGAGAGCUCAACCAGUAGUGUCCCAGUGUCAAACACAGAUGGGGCAUGGACAAAUACCAUGAUCAGAAACUCAAAGAUCAUCAAAGAUGUUCAGACCAUGUCGCCAUUUAAAACAAGAACGAGCCGAGCCAUUACUGAAGAUCUACCCAGUACAGAUACCAGAGCUACUCCCGAAACAGACUCCAGUUCUGCUGAAACUAGAGCACCUGCAACAACCAGCUCUGCAGCCCUGUACACAUCUACAGCUGCCCCGGGCACAGACGCAUUCACAUCAGCAACAUUCACAACCACUGUGGCUCCAGUUACAACUACAGCCAGCACCAGCACCAUCCCCAGCACUGCUGCUCUGAACACUGGGACCUCACCUCCACCAUCGACCACGGCUUCCACAGCACAGCUUGUAACGACAGAGGCGGUCAGGUGUCUGGUGAACAUGACUGCAGCGAGUAUUCAUACGGAUUAUUGUGUGUUGAACUUCACAACACCUGGGGAAUCCUGCAGCUUCAACAUGACUGAUGCUUCUCACUUCACAAGGUGCUCUGAAGACAUGAAGCGUCCCAGCCAUCACACAUGCCUGAUGAGGGGUUUGACUCCCGGCGUUACCUACUGGUUUGCAAUCAUGUCUGAGACAGACGCUGCACACUUCAACAUUACAGUUCAAACCACUCCUGCUCCCGUCACUUCACUGACUCUCCAGAGCAACGGCAGUCGGGACGCUCUCAAAGCCUCCUGGAUUCCUGCUGUCGGACACGUGGAGUCCUACCAGCUCUCUCUGUCGCCCCCCAUCUCUUCACAGCAGGACCUCACUCUGCCUCCGAACACUACUCAGUGGCGCUUUAGUGGCUUGACACCGGGAAGAGCUUAUCAAGUGUUGGUGAAGACAAAGAGUGGGGAACUAACGGCCGAGACCAGGACAACAGGGAGAACAGCUCCCGGGUCCGUUCAGAGUCUGCGUGUCCGUCACAGCACCGAGACCUCGCUGGGCGUUGUGUGGAGCCGUCCCGUCGGCGAGUGGGACGACUACACCGUCCUGCUGAAGGACCGAGACGCCACGGUGGACACACAGACAGUAGCCCGUGGGGUGCAGGAGUGCAGUUUUCACAAGCUGAUGCCUGGACACACCUAUACGGUCACCGUGAGGACCAAUAGUGGAGAUCGGAGUAGUUCGGCCCACGUCACAGGAAGAACCGUCCCUGCGCAGGUGCCCCAGCUGCGGGUCAGUAAUCAGGGCCGCUCAGACGCUCUACAGGUGUGCUGGGACGGGGCGUCCGGAGCGGUGGAUCUGUACCGAAUCCUCCUCAUCCACCACAGCGUGGUCAUGAAGAACGAGAGUGUGCCGCCCAACGUCACCUCCUACCACUUCCAGGGCCUGAGAUCUGGUGCUCUGUACAGGACCGUGCUGACCACAGUGCACAAGGGUGACCUCUCGCGCCAGACGGUGGCUGAGGGGCGCACAGUUCCAGCCGCAGUGAGAGACGUGACGGUGAGCAACAACGGCCGCAUGGACUUCCUGAGCGUGUCCUGGAGAGCAGCUGAAGGAGAUGUGGACAGUUACUCGGUCACUCUGAGAGAUCGGGAGAGAACCGUCCACACCCUCACUGUGUCCAGGCUCACCACCGAGUGUGUCUUCAAGUCUCUGGUGUCUGGACGCCUCUACAACAUCUCCAUCCGCAGCCGUAGUGGAGAGUACGAGAAGCAGACCGUGGUUCAGGAGCGCACACAACCUGCCACCGCGCUGAACCCUACAGCCACACACAUGGCUAGUGACGACCGUCUGAAGGUGUACUGGCGCCACGCCGCUGGAGACUUCGACUACUACCAUGUGUCCAUCAAACACAACAACAUCUUCCAGCAGAACAAGACGGUGAACAAGACUCAGAAUGAGUGUGUGUUCAGUGAGCUGGUGCCGGGCCGGCUCUACACUGUGAUGGUCAGCACGUGGAGCGGGAAAUAUGAGUCCAGCGUCUCGACGCAUGGAAGGACGUUGCCAGCAGGAGUCCAGAACCUGACGCUGGCUGACAGCGGACCUGAGGAUCUGCUGGUGACAUGGGUUUCUGCUCCUGGAGAUGUGGAUCAUUAUGAGGUUCAGCUGCUCUUCAACGACAUGAAGGUGUUUCCUCCGAUCACACUAACCAGCAGCACCAACAGAUACCUGCUCUCUUCUCUCACUCCUGGAAGACUGUAUAAGAUUGUGGUGUCCACCUUCAGCGGACCAAACCUCAGUGCGCAGUCUAUCAAAGGCAGAACAGUUCCCAGUAAAGUGAAGAACAUUCAUAUCAGUAACGGCGGUCAGAGCAGCAUUAGAGUGAACUGGACGCCGGGACAGGGCGAUGUGGACCGCUACGCUGUGUCACUGUCCCAGACGGGCAGACAGACUGAGCAGAGAUCAGUCCCUAAACAUGUGACUGAGAUCAGUUUUCAGGGUCUGCUGCCAGGACAACAGUACAUGAUAACGGUUACAUCAGUCUGUGGAUCUCUGCUCAAUAACAGCACUGCAACAGGACGCACAGUGCCCUCCUCCGUCAGCGCUCUACAGGUGGAGGACCAGCGCAGCACAUCCAGUCUGCUGGUGUCAUGGCAGGCCGCUCGAGGGGUGUAUGACGGCUAUCGCCUGCAGCUGCUGGAUGAGCGAGGCUCUCUGGUGACUAACAGCUCUCCGACCGCAGAAGCCAGCCAGCAGUACUUCAGACAGCUCACUCCAGGAAAGAAGUAUCGCGUUGUGAUGCUAACCAUCAGCGGAGGAAUCAGCAGCCAAGCUGUCUUUGCUGAGGGCAGAACCUGUCCAGCAACUGUUAAUAACCUGUCUGUCUUAAUCAACACAACCACAAGCCUGUGGUUGCACUGGGAUCUGCCGGACGGGGAGUUUGAUGGGUUUAAUGUUUCUCUGUUUACUGGAGAGAACCGCUUGCAAGAUCAGAAAACAGGAAUGAUGAUCAUGCAAGACUGUUCUUUUCAAAACCUUCAACCUGGGACUCAGUACAAGGUGGUCGUCCUGACCCGCAGUGGGGAUCUGACCAAUGACACGUCCAUCUGGGCCAGGACAGUUCCUGCAGCUGUGACGCUCUUGCAUGCGGACAGUAGAUCAAGCUCUGACAGUCUGUGGUUGAGCUGGAAACAGGCCGGCGGUGAGGUGAGCCGCUACACCCUCCUGAUCUACAAUCCUGAUGGGACUCAACAUGCGGAGCAGAGUUUGGGCCCGGAGAGCAGAAGUUACACGUUUGAGAGGCUGGUGCCUGGACGACUUUACCAGGCCAUCGUCCUUACACACAGUGCAGAUCUGACCAACAUGGCAAACACUACCGGCAGGACCGUCCCUAGGCCGCCUGUCUUGUUUUCCUUCGGAGAAAUCACUAACACUUCACUGGAGAUCACCUGGAGCAGUCCAGAAAACACUGAUUAUGAUGACUUUGACCUUCAGUGGAGCCCCAGGGACCACCUGUCUGUGUUUAACCCCUACCACAGCCCCACAUCUGGAAACCGUAUUCUGAAAGGCAUGUACCCUGGCCGUCAGUACAACAUCAGCCUGCGUACGGUCAGCGGUGCUGGAACCAACAACCCUACCUACAGCUCUCCGGUCCACAGGAGCAUCAGGACAAAGCCUGAGCGUGUUCAGAGUCUGCACUGCCGUCCUCAGAACUCUACAGCCAUUUCCUGUUCCUGGAGUCCCCCCGAAGCUGACUUUGACUCGUACAUCAUUGAGUGCUUGAGAAAGGGCUCUCAGAGAAUGAUGUACUCCCAGCGCACAGUCAAAGAGAACACCGUCUAUCUGAUCAAAGAUCUGGAGCCUCAUAAGCAGUACAUUGUCUCUGUAAAAGUCAUCUCUGACAGCAUGACCAGUGAGGCAGUCAUGGAAAAUGUGGUCACAAUGAUAGACCGUCCACCUCUGCCCUCAAUUCGCAUCAAUGAGAAUACAGUUAAGGUUACCAAGUCAACCAUAUUCUUCCAGUUCAACUGUAGCUGGUUCAGUGACAUCAACGGUGCUGUGAAAUACUUCAGCAUCAUCGUAACUGAAUCUGAUGACAGUGAAAACCAGCAGCCAUACCAGAAACAUCCUCUUCCCUCAUACCUGGACUACAGAUCCAACAGCUCGGUCAAAGCUUAUCAGACCAAAUACUUCUCCAGCCUCUGCGACGAGAGACAGAACACAGUGCAGGAGUUUGAGAUUCACCUGGGGUCGGGCAUGGAGUGUCUGGGAGGACGAUGUGAUCCGAAACCAUCAGCUGAUGUGUCUCAACAACAGCCCAUCUUCUGUGAUGGGCCACUGAAACCCAAGACAGCAUACAGACUCAGUAUUCGAGCCUUUACCAAACUCAGUGGGGAUCUCUCUGCACUCUAUACUGAUACAUACCUGUCCAAGCCCUUCGUGACAGAUGCAGAGCCAUUGAAUGGAGUCAUUGCAGGGGUCAGCGCUGGACUCUUCCUCAUCGCCACCAUGGUGGGUUUAAUUGUUCUGCUGAUCUGCAGACAGAAAGUCCACAAAAUGAGUGCACAAGAGCCUGUGGUCAGAAUGAGUUUGAGAAGAGAAAGACAACUUUCGGGAAGUCACGUCAUUGUUAGAGGGAACCGCCGCGUCUCAAGUCCCAUCAGCAUCACACAUUUUGAGUCACAUUUAGCUAAACUUCGAGCAGACUCCAACUACCUCCUUUCUGAGGAAUACGAGGACCUGAAGGAUGUUGGACGCAACCAACCUCAAGACGCGGCGUUAUUGCCUGAAAACAGGGGCAAAAAUCGCUACAACAAUAUACUGCCUUAUGAUUCUACACGGGUGAAGCUGUCCUAUGUUGAUGAUGACUCCUGCUCAGAUUAUAUUAAUGCCAGCUAUAUUCCUGGCAAUAACUUCAGACGGGAGUAUAUAGCGACUCAGGGUCCUUUACCUGGCACUAAAGAUGAUUUCUGGAAGAUGGUCUGGGAGCAGAAUGUGCACAACAUAGUUAUGGUGACACAAUGUGUUGAGAAAGGAAGGGUGAAGUGUGACCAUUACUGGCCAUUUGAUCAGGAGCCGCUGUAUUAUGGGGAUCUGGUCGUUCAGAUGCAGUCCGAGUCUGUGCUUCCCGAAUGGACCAUCCGAGAAUUCAAGAUCUGUAAUGAGGAACAGCCUAACUAUUCCCGAGUCGUACGUCAGUUUCAUUACACUGUGUGGCCGGAUCAUGGAGUUCCAGAGAUCACGCAGUCACUCAUUCAGUUCGUGCGGACUGUGAGAGACUAUAUCAACCGGACGCCCUUCUCUGGAGCCACUGUAGUGCACUGCAGUGCUGGAGUGGGGCGCACAGGAACCUUUAUCGCUCUUGACAGGGUCCUUCAGCAGCUGGACACUAGAGACACAGUGGACAUCUACAGUGUUGUGUUUGAUCUGAGACUUCAUCGCACACACAUGGUGCAGACGGAGUGCCAGUACUCAUACCUCUAUCAGUGCGUGCGAGACGUGCUCCGUGCAAGAAAACUGCGCAGUGAACAGGAAAACCUCUUGUAUCCCAUCUAUGAAAAUGUGCAUCCGGAUUACCACAGAGAUGUGGUCUACUCCAAACGCUGAUGUGCAGGUGGAUAAAAAAAAAGAGACCAAACAUUUUAAUGUCAAACACAUGUAAAAAUUUAUUUGAAAAUGAAUUUAAGGUCAUAUGCUAUGGGUAUGCCUAGAUGUACCAGAAUUAUAUCAUGUACAUAUAUUCAAUAUUAAUUCAGAGUUUAUGUUAAUUCUUGUAUAAUGUAAUGUGCAUCACUAAUUAAAUGUUGCAGCUUAUUUUAUAUGAAUUAAAAUAUAACUAAA